UAUUGACACUGACAUUUCGUAGACGGUAUACCUACAACAUCAUACUGUGAUCAUACUUUUAUUUGAUAUACGAUGAUGUGAUCAUCGUUCAUUAGAUAAAUAAGUAAUUUUACUACUUUUCCUUUCAAACCACUUGUUUGAAUUAUUACAACAUGAAAUAAGUUUCCUGGCAUCUCGUGUCAAUAAACAUGGACAGCAACACGGAUACUGCGGCCCCAGACGGUGGUGGUAAAAAAUCGGUUUUGGAAGACCUCAAUAAGGAUGAACUUAUCAGUAAAUGCAAGGGCUUCCUGGCGAUAGCACAGAAGGCCAAACAAGCGAAAAUUGAACUACAAAAUCAAGUUGAAAGCUACAAACUUCAACUGGAGAAAUGUGAAACAGAGAAAAAAGUGUGUCUGGAAAAUGUCCGGACAUUGCAGGAACUUGUAGACUCACUCACAGAACAGAAGUUGAAUUAUAUCACAGAUUUAGAUGCUGCACAAAAUAAAAUAAAAACUUAUAAAACAAAGUGUGAUAGUUAUGAAGAGGAAAUUAAAAAGUAUGAAAGUAAUUUAAUUUUGAAAGAGAAGCAAAAUAUUGGAAUUGCUCAGCAACUAUCUGAUUUGGAUAGUGAGAUUAUCUCAUUGAAAAGACAGAACAACCGUCUUGAGGAUGAGAACGAGCAACUCAUAAACCAACUGUCUGACCUGGAAACAAGAGUUGCUGAGUUCAAUAACAUAGGCCUAGAGCAACGAGAGCAACUUAAAAUAUUAGAAGAAAAGGUGCAAUCAGAUGAAGCAUAUAAAAUUAAAAUUGAUGAAUUGUAUAAAACAAUUGAGAAAUUAGAAAAUGAAUUGAAAACUGCUAAACCUGCAGACAAUAAAGAGGCUGAUGAAUAUGAAAAUAAAAUCAAGGAACUAACACACAAAUGUGAAUCAGAAAAAGUUAAAAAUGAGAAAGCCAAUAUCAAACUUAGAAGUUACAAAGACAAAAUAUUAAAAUGUGCUGCUUGUAUAAAUCAGUUGAAAAACUCCAGAUUUAUUCUCACUAAGACAGUGAAGGAAUAUUCAGAAAAUAUACCUAAAUGGCGAAAUGACAUCAUAAAAGCAUCUAAAGUACUUGAAGAUGAGAUUAAUACAUUGAAUAAUGAGAAUAAAGCCCUUAAAGAGAAACUUCAAAAUUUAGAAAAGCAAGCUGACCAAAAAACUUCUGCAGAAGUAUCUAAUGCUCAAAUCACAGAACUAACAAGUGAGAAUUGCUCACUGAAAAAAGAGAUUCUAACUUUAAAGAAAGAAUUGCAAGAGGUUAUUUCGAAUAAUGCCACUCUAAAUAAUGACAAUGGCACAUUGAGAAAUGAACUAUCAAAUUCACAAAAACAUCUUCAAGAUAAUGCAGAAAUUAUUACUGCACUUCACAGUGAAUUGGCUGGUCUGAAAUAUAGCUUAAAGCAGUUGACAGACACUCAACUCACUGCACAAGUAGAUGAAAUAAUAUCAUUGAAGACACAACUAAAUGAAUCGAUUAAAAAGAACAAUGAUUUAACUUCAAGUAACUGUGAGCUUAAUGCAUUAAUAACAGAUUUGAAGUCCAAAAAUAAAAAACUUAAUCAAUGUUUAGAAACUAAAAAUCUAAGUAAUACCAAUAUCGAGAGCCUUAACUUGCAAAUCAAAGCUUUGGAGAGUGAAAAAGCUACACUAGUAAAAGAAAAACUAAAUGCUAGAGAUAACAUUAUCGAAUUAGAAAAUCAAAACAAAAUACUUUCAGAACAGAUAAAGACUGUUAGAUCAGAAGUUCAUACAUUAAAAACAAAAUUGGAAAAUCUAACUCUAGAAAAAUCAGCAAUGGAAGGAAGUAAUAAAAAAGAAAAAGAGGGAGAAAUAAGUAAUCUUAAAAGUAGAAUAAAACUAUUGCAAGAACAAUUCGAUUUAUUAAAGAAUGAGCAUGACAAUUUACAAGAUUUGAAUGGACUGCUGAAAGAAGAAGUUGAAACCCUUAAGUUAUCAUUAGAACAGCCGAGAGACGAUGCGGGAAACUUAUCUGAUUUAAAUGAUUCUCUACAGGCUGACAUAGUGAAACUAGAAACUAAAUUAUCAGCUUAUAAACAAGAAAACGCUUCUUUACUUGCUGAAGUAAAGGAAACGCGUGUCAAAGUUAAAGAGUUUGAUAAUCUUGUAUCAGAAUAUGAGGAAAUGAAAUCUAAAGUGACGGGAUAUAAAACAGAAAACGCAGAAUUACUAAAUGAGAUGAAAGAAAUUAAUCAGGUACUUAAGGAGCGUGGAGAGGCUAUAUCCAAAUUACAGAAAGCUGUUACUGAAAUGGAGAGACUUAUAGAAACGUUAGAAAAAGACAGAGAUAAUAUAAAUCAAGAGAAAGAUGACUUAAACAAAAAGAUUGGAUCUCUAGAAAGUGAAUUGAAGAAUGCACAGCAACAAACUGACCAAAGUAGUGUGGUUACUAAGAAAAUUGUUGAAGAAAGGGACAAAGCAGCUAAAGUGAUAGCUGAAAAAGAUGAACUUAUUGCUAAUCUUAAAGAUGAAAUAGACAAAUAUAAACAACAGCAAACUUCAUCAGAAUUGCCAAAUGAGGAUAUGUCCACAUCAACAAUAUCUAAAGCAGAUGAGCAUUCUCGUAUGAAAGAUUUAGAUGAAACAUUUGAAGAAAAAUACACUAAAUUAAGGAUAUUUGCUUUGAAAUUGAAAAAGAAACUAAAUGAAACCACAGCACAAUUACAAAAUGCUGAACAAGACAAAGCUAGGCUUGAGAAAUUACUCAAUGAGCAAGAACGAACAGAUAUCAAAGCAGCUGUUACUACUGGUACUGACCAAGUUGACAGUGCACCUAAAGUUGGCGACGGAGAUGGUAUAAAGAGCGACAAAGUCACAGAACUUGAACUGAAAGUGAAGACCUUGCAAGCUGCUGUAGAUGCAUCAGAAAAGAUUGCCGUUGAAUUAGGCAAAGUAAAAUCUGAACUGCAUACCAAAACUGAAGAACUAGCCAGUGAAGUAGAGGCUCAUAAAGCAACUAAGGAAAGUUUGGAGAGAGCUCGUCGUGACGUAAAGAAAAAGAAUGUUCUGAGUCUUGAAAUGGAAGACUAUGAAAGGUCCAUGAAGGAACUGACAGCUAAGAUGGAGGAGAGUAAGAAGAAAAUGGUGCAGAUGGAAUCCACCAUUGACACACAAGAAGGAACAAUCACAGCUAUGAAAACGCAAAUAAAACUUCUUGAAGAACAAAUCAAAACAGAAGAAACUCAGAAUAGACUCAUAAAAGAAGAGCUACAACACGUAAUAGAGGAAGGGCAAGAAAAAGAUAAUGUUAUACAACUGAAAAACGGCAUCAUAGCAAAACUAGAACAGGACCUUGAGGAUGAAAAACGGAAAAAUGAGGAAGCAGAUUUAGAAAUGACAUCAAUAUUAAGUGAAAAAGAGAAAAUUAUAAUGAACAUAGGGGAAGAGAAAACUGAAUUGCAUAAUAAGCUAAAAAGGUUGGAGUUUAGGUGCGCGGAACUUAAUGAAACCUUACGUAUCACAAAUAUUGAGUUAGCUGAUUUGAAAACUGAAUAUACAAGUUACAAGGUAAGAGCUCAGGCAGUGUUGCGUCAAAACCAAACAGUGGAUCAUAGUCAGGAGGAACAGUUAAAAGAAGAAGCCGCUGCUCUGAGAACACAAAUAGAAACUAUAACUGCGAAACUUGCGACAGCACAGGAGCAGUUAUCCGAACAAUCAUCGGAAAUAGAGGCGAGUCGACGUCGCGAAACUGAGGCUUUGGGCGAAGCGGCCCGAGCGCAGCAACGAACUACGCGCUUGCAGGCAGACCUCACGCGACUCGGUCAGCAGCUCGAGUCAGAACGUGCGCAGCAUAAGCUACAGGUUUCCACUCUAACCCAGUGCUACAAAACUCAAAUCACGGAAUUAGAAACUAAACUCCAGAAAGACACGGAAGCGCUGCGGAAGCAGUUGGUAGCGGCUCAGGAGAAUGCGAAGAGUGUUAAAGUGGGAUCUCUGGACGAAGAAAAUCAUAACCCGUACAUGCUACCAGUUAUUCCUAAGGAAGAGGGGAGCGAUGGCGAGAUGGAUAUCAAUGUCUCUAUGAUACCAAGAGAAGAAGGAGAGGGCUCGGAGUCAGCUCCAUCGCCUCCGUUAUCGAAGCCGUACCUCACGAGCGCCGGGAGCGGGAGAUCGCCAGUACCUCUGGAGAGGCUACUUGAGGAGGGGGUGCCAGAAGACGAGGCCCUUGAUGCCACGUCUCUCGGACUCACACCUGAGCAAGAAAUCUGUGAUCUUCGUCGAAAACUACAGGCUCAACAGCAAAGGGUAAAGCACGUGACGGUGCUGCUCUCAGAGUCGGAACGCGAGUGCGCACGUAUGGCGCAGUUGAGCGAGCUCCUCAAAGCGGAGCUGCGGCGCGUGCGCGGCACCACUGCCAACGCGCACAACACCGAGUACAUGAAGAACGUCACGCUUAAAUUCCUGACACUGCCGUCGGGUGACGAGCGCAGUCGACUGGUGCCAGUGCUGCAGAAAAUCCUCACUUUGACUCCCGAGGAGACUCAUAAAAUACAGGCCAUCGCUAAAGGUUUAGAUCCAAAUCCAAGCAAAGGCUGGGGAAGUUACUUACCGUGGCCUGGAGGGAGUAAAACACAAAAGUAAACAAUUCGUUACAAAGGGUCUGUGAUUGAAAUACAUUUUUUUCCCACGAAUCCUAUAAAGCGAUUUAAUAGCGUUUAACUUGCUUUCUAUUUAAAUUGUAUACAUAUUUUCCAGCAUUUUUGAUUCCUGUUUAUGGUAAUGGAAAUAUUUAUCCAGCUUAUAUUUAUAACAUUCCAUUACUUUAUUUUAUCGUGAAAGAUAAGAAACUUAUAAAGAUUUUGAAAAUGUGCAAAACGAAGAGUUUGGAGUAAGGAGAAAGGAGUUAUUGCUAGUUUUAUAUUUAAAUAGAAUGUUUAUGUUAAGAAAACCAUGUAUAUUUACAACCAUAUUAAAAAUAAUGUUAAGUUUUCGUGAAAUAAACUAAUACUGAUAAUUGUAUCGAAGUAAUGAGGGACCUUCCAAUCGACGUUCUCCAAACUCACGAUAGAUGGCGUUGUUCACUUUAACGUGAUAAUUAUCUAUUUUCUGAUUGCUGGGGUACAUGUGACAUCGUAACGAAAACUGAGGGGUGAUUGAGGCCAUGAUUCAGCGUUGAUAUCAAGUGGAAUUUUCCGUCGCAAAAGUUAUUAUUAUUAUUAAUAGCCCUCAAUGUCCCACUGCAGGGCAAAGGCCUCUCUUCCCUUCUUCCACUCCUCCCUGUCCCCAGCUUGCUCGCGCCACCGUUUCGAGAAGCGGUCUAACUCGUCGCGCCAUCUUUUCCGUGGCCUUCCCCGACGUCUAACAGCACUUGCAGGAACCCACUCUGUAGCUUUUUUGGCCCAGAGGUCAUCGGGCAUUCGGGCAACAUGUCCAGCCCAGUCCCAUUUCAAGUAGGCAGCCUUUCUCGCUACGUCUGCUAUUUUUGUUUUGGAACGCAGCGUGGUGUUUCGGAUCCGAUCGAUCAAUUUAACACCAAGGAUGCUGCGUUCCAUACCUCUCUGGCAAACCUUGAGUUUGGACUUUUGGAUGUCAGUCAAAGACCAAGUGUGAGCGCUGUAGGUGAGAAUGGGAAGAGUGCACACGUCCAUGAGUUUGCGCUUUAAGGAUAGCGGAAGAUCACAAGAGUAUGGAACUGAAAAUAAUUUAACAAAAACAAAAAAUAUCAUGAAUAUUCAGACUGAAAAUUCCACUUGAUAUCAAUUCAGAAUCAUGGUCAGAAUCAUCCCAGUAUUCGUCACGGUGUCACUAACACCCAUACCUACUUGUAUGGCUACCGUAUGUACCUGUGCAGGGUGUAAGUGACAUCGUAACGAAUACUGAGGGGGAUGAUUCAGCUGAUAGUGAGUUAAUAUCAAGUGGAAUUUUCCAUCUCAAAAGUAUAGAAUUGAAAAUAAUUUAAAAAAACUAAAAAAGAAUCAUGAACUUUGCGACGAAAAAUUCCACUUGAUAAUAACUCAGAAUCAUGGUCUGAAUCAUCUCCCUGGGUAUUCGUUACGAUGUCACUAACACCUUGUAUAAAACUAAUUGUUGUCUGAUAUUUGGAUCACAUUAUGUAUAGAAUGAUGUUGCUUCCUAUAUUGCUUCUCUUUAUUUUGACCAGAAUAAUAAUGGGUGGAAGUUGUAGUUGUACCUUGAUGUAAUAAAAAGGGUCAUCAUUUAUACCCAAAAACAAGGAUGAAAGAUGCAUAUCCAUGAUAAUAACAAUUAGAAGUUUAAAGGAAGAAAAACUUAACAACGCCAUCUAUCGUGUUUUUAGGAAACGCCGAUUGGAAAGUCUCUCAUUUUAUCAAAAAAUAUGCAGAACUCCUUUUCAAUUAAACACUUUAUUGCUUAUUUCUUAGUCUACAUUUUUACUAUUAUAUAGUUGUACUAUAACUGGAAAUUAAAAUAUUUAUAGUUAAAUCAGUUAAGAUAUUUAUGGGAUAUUUUACGUAGAUGUAAAUUUGAAAUGAUUAUUAAGAAAAUAGUUUGCAAAUUGUAAUACAGUGAUAUACUUUGAUUUGAAUAAAUGUAACGAAAUUUAA